GACGAAAAUUUAAUAGUAGUAACUGUGUCGUUUAGGCUAUCUAUUUUUGGAUUCCUUAAUACAGAAGAUGAUUACGCUGAAGGAAAUAUGGGAGCUAAAGAUAUAUUAAUGGCACUUAAAUGGUUGCGUGAAAACAUUAUGAUUUUUAAUGGUGAUCCGAACAGAGUUACGAUUAUUGGUUCUGGUUUAGCAUCCACUCCGGUUGCAUCAAUGCUAGUCUCAAUAGCUGCAAAUGAUCUGUUCAAAAGAGCUAUAAUUUUAGACGGCAGUGCACUAUCUCCGGCUGAUUAUAGACACAAUAAUUUAGAGGUUGCUCAUAAAUUGUAUCGGAGACUAAAUAGAAAUUUCGAUAUAUUUAAUAUAAAGAAACUUUAUAAAAUUAUAGAUGAUACAUCUUCAGCGGAAUUGGUAUUGGCGAGUAGUAAUCUAUACGAUAGUACGGAGGUACGGGAUAGGCAAAGAUUGAUUAAUUCUUUUGGUUGUUCAUUAGAAAUGUCGUCUAAAAUGCCAUUUAUGACUAAGUCUCCUGUGGAUGUAUAUAAUGGAAAAAAUAUAAAUAAUAAUAUUCAAGUAAUAUUUGGGUAUACUACGUUGACAAAUUUAUAUAAAUUAAAAGGUGUAGCAAAAAACAGAGAAAUUCUAGCAUAUCUUAAUUACAAUUUUCAAUAUUUACUUCCCUUUGAAGGUGAGUGUAACGAAUAUGAUUCAAGACGAUAUCGAGAGAUAAAAAAAGAAAUAUUGGAUUUUUAUUUUUUAAACGGUACUAUUGGAAAACGAAGUUUAAAGCGAUACGCAAAGUAUGUUUCUGAUCAAGUUAUAUACCCAUUGCUUCGACAAGCUACAUUGCAUAACCGAUCGUCUCAUAGCGAUGUUUACUUGUAUAGAUUUGCUUUCAAAGGAUCUUUAAAUACUGGUUGGCAAUCAUCGGUGCCGAAUUUGGAAUGGACAGGAGCAACGUUAGGAGAUGAAACGUGUUAUCUAUUCAAAUGUAAAUCAGAAACAGAUGUCUAUAAAAGCCUUAAAUGCAAUGAAAGGCACUUCAUUAAGAAAAUUGUAAGGCUAUUAGCAAACUUUGUAAAACACGGAAACCCCACUCCAAAUCCUAGAGACAAUAUUUUGGAUACUUUACAAUGGACGCCGUUGGGAAGAAAUGAAAAUUUGCAAGCGAUGAAUUUUGGUCAACAUUUGAGGAUGGUUGACGUGCCUGAGGAGAAGAGAAAACAUUUUUGGGACCGAUUAAUGAAAGAGUAUUUCCAUGAUUAAUGACGAUUUUUUUAUAUAUAUUCAGGACUAUUUCCUCGGCCGAGACUCAGUACUCAGCGUAUCAACAAGUGACGCUGUCAUGUCAGGCCAGUA